GCACUGUAUCCAAUACAAACACAAUGGUAACCAUCUUUGAGGAUAAGAGGAUUGAGAAAAAUGACACUGAAAAUAGAAUGCGGUUUCCUAGUAAUGCCAACAUAGGAGAUCUUCCAUUUGCUUGCAGCAACGACGGCCAGUCAGGAAAGUUGCCGGUUAUAGAUGAGAAGGGUUCUCAGUGGACGUUUACGUGCAGAAAUCAGAACGGAAUGAUAUAUUUCACUGAUGGUUGGGAGGAGUUCAGAAAAGGGAAACGCAUUAGAGUCGGUCACAGGAUCACCCUCUACAAAGAUGAUGACUUCUUCGGCUCUGGAGCUCUGUACAAGAUUAUAGUGAUGGAAAACUGAGAAAAGGGAUUGAUUGUUGGAUUUAAUUUUAUUAGAUGAAAUAUUUUUAAUUCCCCUCUCGAUUUACCUCAAACACCCGUCGGUCGGAAUCAGAAAUCCGUAGACGGUUUUUUAAGGAAAAACGUGUAAUUGCGACCCAAAACCAAAAAGAACUGCUUUAGUUGAGCUAAUAAGAGGAUUGUGAUGCA